UGACCAAAUUCUUGAAGUGUGUCAACUGGGGUCUUCCUCAAGAAGCAAAACAAGCUCUGGAACUCCUGGGCAAAUGGAAGCCGAUGGAUGUGGAGGACUCCCUGGAGCUCCUCUCCUCACAGUUCACUAACCCGACCGUCCGCCGCUACGCUGUGGCCAGAUUGCAGCAAGCAGAUGAUGAGGAUCUGCUGAUGUAUUUGCUGCAGCUGGUCCAAGCUCUGAAAUAUGAAAAUUUUGACGACAUCAAGAGUGGGUUGGAGCCCACAAAGAAGGAAACUCAAGGAUCCGUGUCGGAGAGCAUGGCCGCGUCUGGAGUCACUGCGCCUGAAAUAGAGAGCUCACAGAUCAUCACAAGCCCCCUGCCCCUCAUUUCUUCCCCGCUACCAACGGCCAAAACGAAAGAAUCGGCUGAGAAUGAAAACCUUGAGCAAGACCUUUGUACAUUCUUAAUAUCACGAGCGUGCAAAAACUCCACACUGGCAAACUAUUUGUACUGGUAUGUGAUUGUGGAGUGCGAAGACCGAGACACACAGCAGAGGGACCCCAAAACUCACGAAAUGUACCUCAACGUCAUGCGUAGGUUUAGCCAAGCCCUCUUAAAGGGGGACAAAUCCGUCCGGGUGAUGCGAUCUUUGUUGGCUGCCCAACAGACUUUUGUCGAUCGGUUGGUCCACCUAAUGAAAGCUGUGCAGCGUGAAAGUGGGAACCGUAAAAAAAAGAAUGAGAGAUUACAGACUCUCCUGGCAGAUAAUGAAAAGAUGAAUCUAUCAGAUAUUGAGCCCAUCCCUCUGCCUCUCGAACCCCAAGUGAAAAUCAGAGGAAUAAUCCCCGAGAAAGCCACUCUGUUCAAGAGUGCCCUCAUGCCUGCUCAGCUCUUCUUCAAGACCGAAGAUGGGGACAGCUACCCUGUAAUCUUCAAACACGGGGACGACUUGCGUCAAGAUCAACUCAUCCUCCAGAUCAUCUCGCUGAUGGACAAGCUCUUACGCAAGGAGAACCUGGAUUUGAAGUUGACACCCUAUAAAGUGUUGGCUACGAGUACGAAACACGGUUUCAUGCAGUUCAUCCAGUCGGUACCGGUGGCAGAGGUCCUCGCUACGGAAGAAAGCAUCCAGAACUUCUUCCGGAAAUACGCGCCGAGUGAAACUGGGCCCCAUGGCAUAAGUGCGGAAGUCAUGGACACCUAUGUGAAAAGCUGUGCUGGUUAUUGUGUGAUCACAUAUAUACUUGGAGUUGGGGACAGGCACCUGGAUAAUCUUUUGCUCACCAAAACAGGCAAACUUUUCCACAUCGAUUUUGGCUACAUUCUGGGACGUGACCCAAAGCCUCUUCCUCCACCCAUGAAGCUGAAUAAGGAAAUGGUGGAAGGGAUGGGAGGGACGCAGAGCGAACAGUACCAGGAGUUCCGCAAGCAAUGCUACACGGCGUUCCUUCAUCUGCGCAGAUAUUCCAACUUGAUUUUGAAUUUGUUCUCUCUGAUGGUUGAUGCCAACAUUCCAGACAUCGCUCUUGAACCGGACAAGACCGUCAAAAAAGUUCAGGACAAGUUCCGUCUCGAUCUCUCUGACGAGGAAGCCGUCCACUACAUGCAGAGCUUGAUCGACGAAAGUGUCCAUGCUCUCUUUGCGGCGAUGGUGGAACAGAUCCACAAGUUUGCUCAGUACUGGAGAAAAUGAGAACCUCAUCCCUUCUGAAGGCCAGAAUUCACAUCCAGCUGCUUCCUGAAACUGGUGAAGGUAACAUCGGGACAAGGAUGAUCAUUUUUCUAUCUUGGAUAAUGAAUUUAUCAAGAAUUGCCAUUCCAAACUAGGACAGGGGUGUAUGUUACUCAUCCUCGGUUUGGAAAACAAGGCAAUGCUGUCCAGAAUCACAAUGAGAAGAAGGAAAUAGACGCCGGCUGGUUUUUGAAGGACAUCUGUGCACUUAUUACUGUGGUCCCUCUACAAGAACACAACUACGGAGGGACACGGGCAGCCAAAGCUUAUGAACUUGGAACUGAAGUUUGGAGUUAUUUCUUGUCCAAGCUUCAGUGGAACCUCCCUUUUAGAGUAGGUCAGUCCUUACAAAUUCCUUUUUUUUUUUUUUUAGAAAAAAGGGGGCACAACAAACUCUCAUCAGAUCUGAACUUUAGAACCAAGCGAAGUCUUCAAAAGAGAUCGGCGACGGACUUCAAACGCUUGACGGAAAGAGAGCGAAGGUUUUCACUUCCCGUACAACAACAUAAUGUAUGUUGACUGUAUAUGCCAAAUCUAAUAAAACGACUUUGGUGCAAUCUUAA